ACACAAGACAAAGAGGCAGCUGUUGGUUUCGUUGCAGCAGAGUGCCUAGCCAUCCAGCAAAACCAUCAGCCGCCGCGUCGACCUCGGCGUCCGGCGAUACUUUCGCCGAUCCCGUCCCUCCCUCAGGGCCUCAGCGGCGGGGGCACGCCAUGACGAAGCAAAAGAUCGUGAUCAGGGUGAGCCAGCUGGCGAGCGAGAAGACACGGUCCAAGGCCAUGGCGCUGGUCGCCAAAGCGGACGGGGUGAGCUCGAUGGGGGUCACCGGCGACGGCAAGGACCAGCUGGAGGUGGUCGGCGACGGCGUCGACACCGUCUGCCUGGUCCAGUGCCUGCGCAGGAAGAUCGGCCCCGCCGAGAUCCUCAAGGUGGAGGAGGUGAAGCCGGCCGAGAAGAAGCCGGAGGAGAAGAAGCCGGAGCCGCUGCCAUACUGGUGGUACCACAAUUACUACCACUACCACCCGCCGCCGCCGUGCUGGUGAGGUGGUGGUGAGCCGGUGACAAGCCGUUCAGGGAAGCGGCCGUUUCGGAUGGAGUAGUAGUUGGAAUUCAGCUCAUGCUUGCUCUAUAUUUGUAUUCGGGCUGUUCUGUAUUUCAAUGGAAAAAAAAAGGCAAAGCUGUUCAUCCAUGGUUGCUCUGCUUUUAGCUUUUUUUUUUAAGGGAAGAUCUGCUUUUAGCU